AUGGAAAGUGCCAACCAGACAGCCUCUGUGACAGAGUUCAUUCUCCUGGGCCUCUCAGCCCACCCAAGGCUGGAGAAAACGUUCUUUGUGCUCAUCCUGUCCAUGUACCUGGUGACCCUGCUGGGCAAUGGGGUCCUCAUCCUGGUGACCAUCCUGGACUCCUGCCUACACAAGCCCAUGUACUUCUUCCUGAGGAACCUCUCCUUCCUGGACAUCUGCUACACAACCUCCUCAGUCCCCCUCAUCCUUGACAACUUCCUGACCCCCAGGAAAACCAUCCCCUUCUCAGCAUGUGCUGUGCAGAUGUUCCUCUCCUUUGCCAUGGGGGCCACGGAUUGUGUGCUUCUGGGCAUGAUGGCGUUUGAUCGCCAUAUGGCCAUCUGCAACCCCCUGAGGUACCCUGAGGUCAUGAGCAAGGCUGCCUAUGCACCCAUGGCUGCCAGCUCCUGGGCAGCUGGAAGCACCACUGUCAUGAUGCAGACAUCCCUAGCAAUGCAACUACCCUUCUGUGGGGACAAUGUCAUCAACAACUUCACCUGUGAGAUCCUGGCUGUCCUGAAGUUGGCCUGUGCUGACAUCUCCAUCAAUAUAAUCAGUAUGGUGGUGGCCAAUGUGAUCUUCCUGGGCAUCCCAGUUCUGUUCAUCUUUUUCUCCUACGUGUUCAUCAUCGCUACCAUUUUGAAGAUCCCCUCAGCUGAGAGGAGGAAAAAGACCUUCUGCACCUGCUCUGCCCACCAAACAGCUGUAGUCAUCUUCUAUAGGACCAUCCUCUUCAUGUAUGGGAAGCCUAAAUUCAAGGACCCCCUGGGAGCAGACAAACAGGACCUUGCAGACAAGCUCACCUCCCUCAUCUAUGGAGUGGUGACCCCCUUGCUCAACCCCAUCAUCUACAGCCUGAGGAAUAAGGAGGCGAAGGCCGCUGUGAGGAACCUGGUAACUCGGAAACGCUUCACCCAGUGA